AUGGACAACGAAAAGACUCACGAGGUGGUCCGAACCAUCAACGCUCCAAUUUCCGAUAUUUGGGCGCUCAUUGCUGCUUUUGGCUCCGAAAGACUUUGGUUUCCUGGAGUCAUCAAAUCUAGCCUUGAAGGAUUCGGAAUCGGCUCCGUCCGCACCCUCACGUUCGACAACGGCACCGUAGUCCACGAACGGCUCGAGAUUGCGGACCCCGAAACGCACACCAUCAGUUACCUCAUUCUCGACGGUGUCCCGAACACAACCAAUCCCCGUGGUACGCUUCGUCUCACCGCUAUUGACGAGACCAAAACGCAAUUCAGCUGGUCCGGGGCAUCGGACUGGACGGAGCCGAGCUUCAAGCCGACGCUGGCAGGGAUCCUCGAUACGAUGUUCUCGGGCUGCUUAGACUCCAUUGAGGCCAAGCUGAAGUAG